AUGGUCAACGAGUCGGAUGGCAAACAAUCAGGCGCUCCAUCGGUUCCGACAGACACUGAGGCCGCCAAUGGAUCCGAAGUGAAGCCGAAGAGCGAGAAGGAGCUGAAGAAAGAGGCGCUGAAAAGGGCUAAACUCGAGAAGUUUAACGAAAAGCAACAGAAGUUGAAGCAAUUGAGUGAUAAUAAGACGAAGAGUGACACCAAUGACACCAAAAAGGAUAAUAAAAAGGAGAAGAAGGAGAAGACGGUCGUCACAUACGACCGACAGAUCAAAGCCGGCGACAAGAAGGACGUGACGUCGGAUCCAAUGCCGGACUCAUAUUCACCGAAAUAUGUUGAGAGCGUAUGGUAUGACUGGUGGGAGAGGGAGGGCUUCUUUACGCCCGAAUACGGCCGAGACGUGACUCAACCCAACCCUAAGGGACAGUUCGUUAUGGUGAUCCCUCCGCCAAACGUGACGGGAGUCCUUCAUUUGGGCCACGCGUUGACGAACGCCAUCGAAGACUCGGUGACGCGAUGGCAUCGCAUGAAAGGGCGGACCACUCUCUGGAACCCCGGCUGCGAUCACGCGGGCAUUUCCACGCAGAUUGUGGUCGAGAAGCAGUUGUGGCGCCAGAAUCAGACCACUCGUCACGACUUGGGUCGCGAGCGCUUCGUCGACGAGAUCUGGAAGUGGAAGAAUGAAAAGGGAGACAAAAUCUAUGACCAGUUGAAGCGGUUGGGAGUGUCUGUCGACUGGAGUAGAGCCACGUUUACGAUGGACCCCAAGAUGUGUCGUGCGGUCACCGAAGCGUUUGUCACACUUCACGAACAGGGGUUGAUAUACCGGUCCAACCGGUUGGUCAACUGGUCGUGUACUCUGCGUUCGGCCAUUUCGGACAUUGAAGUGGAUAAAGUGGAGUUAACCGGACGUACAUUCCUAUCAGUUCCCGGUUAUGACCAGAAGGUUGAGUUCGGAGUUCUGCAUAAGUUUGCGUAUAAAGUGGAUGGAAGUGAUGAGGAGAUCGUUGUGGCCACGACGAGGAUUGAGACGAUGUUAGGCGACAGCGCAGUGGCUGUGCAUCCUGAGGACACCCGCUAUACCCACCUCCACGGCAAACAAGUGAUACACUCACUCCUGGGCCGCAAAAUGCCUAUAGUUUGCGACGAGUUUGUGGACAUGACUUUCGGAACGGGAGCCGUGAAGAUCACUCCCGCCCACGACCCCAACGACUACGAGGUCGGCAAACGACAUAACCUGCCAUUCAUUAACAUUAUGACAGACAGCGGUUUAAUUUCGGAAAACUGUGGACCAUUUAGUGGUCAGAAGCGAUUCGACGCCCGAAAGACUGUUUUAGAAGCGCUUAAAGCGAACGGUUUAUACCGGGAAACAGUUGAGAAUCCGCAGGUUUUGCCGGUCUGUAACCGAUCGAGGGACAUCAUUGAGCCACUCAUCAAAUACCAGUGGUAUGUCGACUGCAAAGAAAUGGCUAAGAAAUCUGCUGAUGCCGUCAGGAAUGGAGAGCUCAGAAUUAUUCCUGAUAUUCAUGAGAAGAUUUGGUACCAUUGGUUGGAUAACAUCAGAGACUGGUGUAUAUCACGUCAGAGUUGGUGGGGUCACAGGAUUCCUAUUUAUUUUGCUAAAGUCAAGGGACAGACACCCGAUGCCACACAGACUGAGGAGCAUUGGAUCAGUGGUCGCACUGUAGAGGAGGCGCGACUCAAAGCGGCGAAGAAAUUGAAGGCAUCGCCCGAAGACAUAGAGUUAACUCAAGACGAGGACGUGUUGGACACGUGGUUCUCUUCGGGUCUCUUCCCGUUUGCUAUAUUCGGUUGGCCCGAGAAAACCCAAGAUCUGGAGCUCUUCUAUCCGGGAAACCUGUUAGAGACGGGACACGACAUCAUAUUCUUCUGGGUCGCACGUAUGGUGAUGUUUGGCCUGCAAUUGUUGGGCAAACUUCCCUUCAAAGAAGUGUAUUUGCAUUCAAUCAUUCGUGACGCUCACGGCAGGAAAAUGAGUAAAUCGUUGGGUAAUGUGAUCGACCCCUUGCACGUCAUUCAUGGCAUUUCACUCGAAGAUCUCCACCAAACGCUGUAUAACUCUAACUUAGAUCCCACAGAAAUAGAUCGGGCAAAGGCUGGCCAGAAGGCUGACUACCCGCAAGGCAUUCCCGAGUGUGGGACGGAUGCCAUGCGGUUCGCCCUCUGCUCUUAUCUAACGCCCGGAAGAGACAUUAAUUUAGACAUAAAGCGUGUCGAGGGUUACAGACAUUUCUGUAAUAAGCUCUGGAAUGCCGUUAAGUUUACGUUAAUGACAUUGGGCUCAGACUUUGUGCCCAAUCCGACCAAUAAAUUGACGGGAAAUGAGUCUAAAAUAGACCUUUGGAUUCUCAGUUCUGUCUAUACGGCUACCGAAGCCUGCAAUAAGGGCUUUGAAAGCUAUGACUUCCCGCAGGCGACAAAUGCCUGCUAUAGCUUCUGGUUAUACCAAUUGUGCGAUUUAUAUCUCGAAGCCCUUAAACCAGUCACUCAGUCCACUGAUGCCGUGGCUAUCAAUGCCGCCAAACAAACGCUUUACACUGUUGUUGACGUCGGGCUCCGACUUUUGCACCCAUUUAUGCCUUUCAUUACCGAAGAAUUAUUCCAAAGACUUGCGCGCAGGACUGGUAGCGAACCGCCCAGUAUUUGUGUGACACCCUAUCCAGAAGUGGAUCAGUUUGACUGGAAAAGAGAUGAACAGCUGGAAAGUGAUGUCUCUCUCAUGCAAAACAUCAUCCAUAGUAUCAGAUCUUUGAGGUCUGAAUACAAUUUAGCCAAAACUAAAGUGAAUCUGUACCUCAAGUUUGACGGCACCGACACUCACAACAAAAUACAGCCUUUCAUCGAAAUAAUUAAGGUUUUGACCACUUCUUUGUCCGUUGAUAUUGUCAGCGACAGUACACCAGUUCCUGAGGGCUGUGCUAUAGUUCCUGUCUCUGAUAGCAUUGAGGCAUACCUUAUGCUUAAAGGUUUCAUUGAUGUCAACAAAGAGACCGAAAGAUUGAAAACAAAACGCGAGAAAAUUAAUGGUCCGCUCAUUAAGUUGAGGGCCAGUACUGAAGCCGCAGACUAUCAACAGAAAGUGCCGAUUGAUGUCCAGUCCGCCAAUACCGACAAAAUCAGACAAUUGGAACAGGAGUUGAAUAAAGUGUUGGAAGCGAUUCAAGCGAUUUCUUUAAUUAAGGAUUAACUACUGAUUUAAUAAACUUUUAUCACUAUUUUGUAUAUUUAAUUCUAAAUAAUAACAGUUAUUACUAUUA